AUGGUUACCGAACAAAGAGGCACUCUGGAGGCCGGAAGACGGGGUCAUGUAGUUAUAAGAGGAACGCCAGAAAGACUGAUGCUUCAAUUGAUCGAGGAGAACUCGGUUAUUGAUCCCACAUACGUAGAAGACUUCCUCUUGACCCAUCGUACUUUUAUUAAAAAUUCUAUGGAAGUAGCAAACCAACUGUUGAAUUGGUUUAGUGAACCGUCCGCCAGAGAUCGGGUCACGAGGGUAGUUCUUUUAUGGGUCAACAAUCACUUUACGGAUUUUGAAAUGGACCCUGUUAUGAUGGAAUUCGUGGAAAAGUUUGAAGCGUGCCUGGAAGAGAACAAAAUGAGUGGACAAAUGCGAUUGUUAAAUAUUGCAUGCGCCGCAAAAGCAAGAGCCAGGUGCGUCACAUUGGCCAGACCGUGUCGAGAUCAGGUGCUACACUUUUCCAUAUUAGGAGGAUACGAAAGAGGAUUCGGCAUAUUUAUAUCCAAG